CUGCUCGGUGCAGCUGCCGCCCGGCGCUUGCGCACUGGGCCCGGCGCGCGGCGGCACAGGCUUUGUGUGUGUGUGUGUGAGUGCGUGUGUGAGUGCGUGUGUGUGUGUGUCUGUGUGUGAGUGAGUGAGCGGGCGGCGGGCGCGAGUGUGGCCGCCGCGGAGCGCGAGCAGGACCCGGCGGGCGCGCUCCCCAGCCUCUCUGUCCCCGCCGGAACCAUGUCGGGCAGGUCGGUUCGAGCCGAGACCAGGAGCCGGGCCAAAGAUGAUAUCAAGAGGGUCAUGGCGGCUAUCGAGAAAGUGCGCAAAUGGGAGAAGAAGUGGGUGACUGUUGGUGACACAUCCCUACGAAUCUACAAGUGGGUCCCUGUGACAGAGCCAAAGGUUGACGAUAAAAACAAGAAUAAGAAAAAAGGCAAAGAUGAGAAGUGCGGCUCGGAGGUGACCACUCCGGAGAACAGCUCCUCCCCGGGGAUGAUGGACAUGCAUGACGAUAACAGCAACCAAAGCUCCAUAGCCGACGCCUCCCCCAUCAAGCAGGAGAACAGCAGCAACUCGAGCCCUGCUCCCGAGCCCAGCGCGGCUGUGCCAGGUGACGGCACCGAAGCCAAGGCAGAUGAUGCCCAGGCCGAUGGGAAGGGCCACCCUGGGGCUGAAGACGCUUCUGACGAGCAGAAUUCACAGUCUUCGAUGGAACACUCGAUGAACAGUUCAGAGAAAGUGGAGCGGCAGCCAUCUGGAGACUCGGGUCUGGCCGCGGAGACGUCAGCAAUCUCUCAGGAUUUGGAAGGAGUGCCGCCCUCUAAAAAGAUGAAACUGGAGGCCUCUCAACAAAACUCCGAAGAGAUGUAGACAAUAAGUGAAACUCUCCGGUCCAUGUUUCAUGGAAGGUACAUCAGCAAUUAAUUCUAGAACAACUUUGCCCGAGCGACUCCUCUUGGGUGCGAACAGAACUACUAACGUUUCAAGUUUACCAAGUGCAAAUCCAAGAACACCUAGAACGACGUAACUUCUCAGACACUGAAGAACUCUGCUGUGAGGCGAAACACUCGAACCUUUGUGUGACUGUCCUUGGGGAGGCGGGUCGGCAGCCCGGGAGCGUCUGCACACAUCUCGGAAGCCGAGACCACGUUUGUGUUGCUGCUGUGUUUUUUUCCACUUCUCUAUUUAACGAUAUAAGCUAUUUGAGGGUGGUACCGAUCAGGAAUUCGCUUUUCGUCGGGGCUUUUCACACUGUUCAACCGAUUCCUUCUGCUUUCUGUUUUUGUGCCUUGUGCCCUUGAGGUGACCUCUGGCAUGUUUCCUGGUUGUUUUGCAUCUUCCUUUGCAAAGUGCCCUCUUGGUUCAUUAGGGCGGCAGCCGCCACCGUGCUCACCUCUCUCCUCCGUGCCCCAGGACUUUAUCGGGGCAGGCAGGGCGGAGCGGGGUGCUCCUCGGCCCACCUGAUUUCCAGGUGCAGGGGGCUCCGGCCCCCCUUGAGCCCUGGGUGGGGUCCGCACCGGCCUCCAGGGCCCGAGGAGUCGCAGGUGUGGGGCAUGGUCCCCAAGGGCUGGCCUCCUCGGUCCAGACCGGGCGCUCGAUGUGCCCUCACUUCCUCGGGGCCUCUGAGGCUGGGUGUUCCCGAGCCCACAGCGGCCCGGAUGGACAUGCAAAGCCCUUAGAUUUUUCUGGCACUUCCACUCUAUUGCCCCUACUCCCACCCCCACCCCCGGUUUGUUCCAGACCUCCCAGGAUGAAAAGGCUUCUCUGGCUGACUGCAAGGCUUGUCUCCCCAAGACGCUAACGGGCCGGGGAGGCUGGGAGCAGGCGGCAGCAGUAGCUGGUGCUGAACUUUCUCUCAUAGGACGUCGCUUGGAUUUCAAAUCCACGGGAACCUGCUUCCCUCUGCCUCCCCCGCACCCUGGCCCAUGCCCUGAGAGGCAGCCCUGCAGCCGGUCACAAUCCACUCGCUUCUGCGUGACGUUCUGACUCUCAGAGCUGACAGUCUGAUCGUGUCUCCUUCCCGGAACGUGCUACGUCGGUCCCCACGGGGGGGCAGGCCUUGAUGGUUGGGCCUCGAAGGCCAGAAACAAGGCGCCCAGGACUUAGGAAGAUUUGCACACCCUUCCGAAAGGGGAGACGGACUCGCCCUCCGUCCCUGCCUAUGCUGGGACCACGUCCUGUCACUCAGCCCAGAUGCCCCUUGGACGAGCUGCCUAGUCGUUGGGUUCUGAGGCCUGGUUUGCUCUUAAUAUACGGACUCCUCAGACCUUAAACCUUUCCUGAGCUUUCUUUACUGCACUGGAGUUCUAACUCCCUUUGAGUUGUGUGUUAUGGGGGGGGCGGGUUGCGGGUUUUGUUGUGUUUUUUGUUUGUUUUUUUUUUUUUUGGCUAACUGGUGCAUAUUCAGGUACCACCUUUGACGUGUGGAUCUUUCUCCUGACCACCAUGGAAAGCGUCUGCCAGAUUCCAUUUUCUAAGAGUUUCUGAGGGUGAGGCUCUUACCUUUUCUUUUUUUAAAGGGAGCCUGUCUACUUCCUGCACUUCAAGAAGAAUCAAAAUGUUCCUGAAUUUCAAAUACCUCAUGCAAAAUGUCUCCUGAAAUAAGGGAAAAAAAAAAAAAACUUU